UGAAACUUUUGUUUGUUAGAUUGCUUGCUGACGCUGGAAGUGUUACUCGAAGCCUUACUGAAAAAUUUGAAGAUUUGGCUAUUGGAGAUGUAUCGAUUUCAGUACGGGAAAAGGAAAAAAUAUUUCUAAAACCUGAUGAUGAACUGACAGGAGAAAGAAAAUGUGGAGAUUGCUAUAUUUUUGAUUAUCAGAAAUUUAAACAAAAAGGAACAUCUCGCCCUGGAUCUGAAAAUGAUGUUGCAAGAUUAAAACAUGAUUUCAGUGCAUUGAAUUUCAAUGUUUAUGCAGAUUACUUAAAUUUAACAAAAGAAGAGACAUUAGAUGCUUUAAAAGAAGCUGCUAAGAAAGAUCAUACACAGAGUAAAUAUUUUGUCUGCUGUUUUUUGACUCAUGGAAAAGAGGGGAAAUUAUUAAUGUUUGACAAGUUCAUUAAAAUAGAUGACAUUCUACAAUGCUUUUCUCGUUCCUCAUGUGAAACUCUUGCUGGGAAACCAAAAAUUUUCAUAUUUCAAGCUUGCCGUGGUAAUUGUUGUGAGGGUGGAGUGCCCAUUGAUUCAACUGAUUUUGGUGGUUCAGUUAAAGAAAAUCCAGAUUAUCUAGAUUUUCUUAUUGCAUAUUCUACCUAUGAAGGCAAAGUUUCUUUUAAAACUAAGGAUCCAUCUGGGAGCCAAAACAAUCAUGGAUCUUAUUUUAUUGAUGAGCUAUGCCGUACUCUUGAACAGUUCAGUGAGGAUUUGGAUUUGUUACAGAUUCUGACCAUAGCUAAUUAUCGUGUUGCAUAUCUUUUUGAAACUCAAAAAACAAGAAAUGCAGAAUUUCAAAACAAAAAACAGAUGCCUGGUUUCACUUCAAGACUGAGAAAUGAAGUAAAGUUUAAUAGAAAAAUCAAGAUGUUUGAAUCACUUCAUACACAAUACUUUGAUUAUAGGAGGAGAAAAACUAGUUUGGGCCUAAAGAGUACAGAAACACCCUUAGAAGAUAAGAAAAUGUACAAUAUCCAGAAAUGUAAAAGGAUUAAGUUCCUUCUUCUUUUGAACACGAGGGACAAUUUUGAAAGAGAUUUGACUUACUCUAUAGCUAAUCUGUGGUCAAGUCUUGCUGUGAAAGGUUACCAGAAAGAAGAAAAACGAAACUGGUCAGGGAAAGAAUUAAUGAAUUUCUUGAUUGAAGUUUCAAGUCGAGAUUUUUCAAAUACAGAUUGCUUUAUUUGUUUCAUUAUAUGCAAAUCAAAGGGAGAUUAUUUGUAUGAUGUUGAUGGCAAUAAGUUUUUAAUGCAAAAUAUAGUUGAACAGUUUACUGGAGAAAAGUGUCAUACACUUAUACAGAAGCCAAAAAUAUUUGUUUUUCUGUUGUCAUCGCCAGCCAAGAAGUCUUGGUGGCCAUGCGUUUCUGCUGAGAGUACAGAUGGAGGCUCUGGAAGCAUGAUUCCUGUACAUGCUGAUAUUCUUGAGAUAGUUAUAACCACUGAAGAAUCUCAACAAUUGCAAGGUGUGAUAGAAAAAUUCCGAAAUAUUUUCGGGAGAAGUUGUGGAGAUAUUCUCAGCCAGCUGACCAAAUUGAAUGAUGAACUUUUUAAAGAUUAUGGAUUUUAUUCUUCUUCUAGCAAGAAUUUGUCUACAUUUUCUUUCAAUUCUACUCUAACAAAAACAUUAACAAUAGGCAAUACAAAAUGUAAAGGAAGUUAAUGUUGUCUCUUUAAACAUUAACUACCUUGUUUGUCAAUGCAUUUUAAAAUGCAUAUACUUAAUGUUUUAAAAUAUUGAUUAUGUUCUUAUAAUUUAAUCUAUUAAAUGCUCUGCAUCAUAUUUGUAGGACAGUGGCAUUAAUUUCUGUGAAUAAAUUGAACAUGCUGACUUUUUAAACUAAGCAAAAAAAAAAAAAAAAAAAAUGGUAUAUGUAUUCCCAGACAAUUUUCAAAUAGUAUGUAUCAGUUAUUAGCCAGAUUUUGAAGUCAGAGUGUCAUUGCUUUGAUUUGUUUUAUUUUGAAAUAAUGGGGAAGUUAAUUGGAAAGUAAAAUUUUUUUCAUAUUUUGCUAUGCAAUUGUAAAUUUUUUUCUGAAAUCUAUGCUUUAAAAUUAAGUUGAGCAUUAGCAGGAAUUUAAAGAUUUUAAACAAAUUUACUAUAUUUUUAUUGCCAUAUAGAAAUGAGCCUAUUUUUUUAAAAAAAAAAAAUUAGUUUUAAUAUUAUUAAUCACAUAUAUAUUUCAUAAAGAGUUAAAAUAUUAACAUUUUCGAGGAUAAUGUAACUUUAUCUAUUUUACUUUCGAGGAUAAAGUGUGAUAUGCCUCUUGUCCAAGAUAUCUCUCAACAUAGUAAACUAAAUCUCUCAAUAAGAAGCUGCUUUAAGAGUUAUUGUUAUAAUACAGCUGAUAAUCAAUGUAUAUUAAUUAUAUAAACUAGGGCUUUUAAAACUGAAUACCAGCUAAACAUAUUGAAGUUACUUUAACAGAAUGCAUUUCUUUUAAAUUCUCCCAUAUUUUGAAAUGAAAAUCGAUCAGUGAAAUUUACUGAAUAACUUUUUUAAAAAUAAACUUCUAUUAACUUUUAUACUUUCAAAUUUUUUUAAAAAUAUGUUGAAUGAAUAAGUUUAUUAAGCCCUGGUUUACAAAUUGGUAAAUUUUAAAUGUAAAUAAAAAUUUAUACAUUGAUUGUUAGAUGGAAAUAAUUUUGUGUUGUCUGUAAACAAUGUUUGUUUAUAAUCGUUUUCUUAUUUUUUGACAAAAUUGAUAAAGAUUAAUAUUUGAUUAUUUAAAAUCAAAAGGUCUAUAUGAGAGAAUGCUUUUAAUAUUUAAUUUAUUUAGCAAUUUCUUUAAUUACACCAAAAACAAAUUUUUAUAAAAUACUUAUUAUUUUUAUGUAAUAAAAUUGUCACAUAUGAGAAUAAAUAUAUGAAAUUGCCAUAAAUGUAUUUUUAGUAUUUUGUUUUCAGGAAGUUUAGAGUAAUUAUCUGUAGUUGAAGGAAAAGCUUCUAAUGACAGAUUCCCUUGAAAAUGUAGUAAGUUCGAAUAUUAAAAUUGACCACAUUUUUUCCCAUAACUUUUUGUAUUAGCAAGUGUGAUGGGAGGAGGGGGUUCACUAGAAAAUUGCAUUCAAGUGCAACAGAUAUGAUUGCCACAGCAUUCUAGGACCAAGAAAAUGCAGGGAAUUUAAAAAUCAUUUAUAAAAUAAGGAAAAUGCAGAAAAUUUUAAUUUUUUUUUAGUUUUUCCCCCAUCUAAAAAAAUUCUGAUCUCUUUCAACACUGCAGAAAUAAAAAAAUUGUUGCCAUUGAUUUAAAGAUAAAACAUUUGUGACAACCAAAAUGCAGAAAUUAAUCCAUUUACUACUUACUCUCCUUUUCUUCUGCAUUAAACUAGUCCAAUUUCUAAGACUGAGACAAAAAUAUUGAAGUUGAAAUAAUAACUACAAGCUACUUGAAAUACUAAUAGAGCUAGUGAAACUUGAAAAAUAUUCUUUUAGGCACAAUGUUUUAUAUUUGAGAAGGCCACAUUGAAUAUUAUCGAUUUCUUUGCAGACAAAAUGAAACUG